CCCCAGCUGCUCUCCUCGGUGGAGCCCUCGCUGCUGCGCCUGACGCCGCUGGACGCGCGGAUCCACGAGCGAUUCCGCGGGACCUUCCCGGGGCUGCGGCUGCAGCGCCUGGAGCCCGAGCAGCUCAAAUCCGAGCCCGCCAAGGCCAAGUGGCGCCCGUUCUGCCUGGCCUUCGAGGGGCUGGUGGAGGAUUUCAAUUUCGGGACGCUGCUGCGCCUGGACGCGCGCGGCGCCUACACGGAGGAGAACUCCAUCCUGGUGCCCCGGAUCCAGUUCCUGGCCAUCGAGAUCGCCCGCAACAGGGAGGGCUGCAACCAGGAGCUGCACCGGCGGCAGCGCCGAGCCCGCGAGGCCAGAGACCCUCCGGAGAGUCCCAGAAACUCAAUAAAAUCUGAAAUUCCUCAAUAAACCCUGCAGAGAGUCAGUGAAUCCUACAGGAAACUCAAUAAAAUCUGAAAUUCCUCAAUAAACCCUGCAGAGAGUCAGUGAAUCCACCAGAGAGUCAGUGAAUCCUACAGGAAACUCAAUAAAAUCUGAAAUUCCUCAAUAAACCCUGCAGAGAGUCCCUGAAUCCACCAGAGAGUCAGUGAAUCCUACAGGAAACUCAAUAAAAUCCGAAAUUCUUCAAUAAACCCUGCAGAGAGUCCCUGAAUCCUACAGGAAACUCAAUAAAAUCGGAAAUUCGUCAAUAAAUCCUGCAGAGAGUCCCUGAAUCCACCAGAGAGUCAGUGAAUCCUACAGGAAAUUCAAUAAAAUCCGAAAUUCUUCAAUAAACCCUGCAGAGAGUCAGUGAAUCCUACAGGAAACUCAAUAAAAUCCGAAAUUCUUCAAUAAAUCCUGCAGAGAGUCCCUGAAUCCCAGGGAAACUCAAUAAAAUCGGAAAUUCUUCAAUAAACCCUGCAGAGAGUCAGUGAAUCCUACAGGAAACUCAAUAAAAUCGGAAAUUCUUCAAUAAACCCUGCAGAGAGUCAGUGAAUCCUACAGGAAACUCAAUAAAAUCGGAAAUUCUUCAAUAAAUCCUGCAGAGAGUCCCUGAAUCCCACAAGAAAUUCAGGAAAAUCCAAAAUUCUUCAAUAAAUCCCACCAGAGAGUCAGUGAAUCCACCAGAGAGUCAAUAAAUCCUACAGGAAAUUCAAUAAAUCCUACAGAGAUCAAAUAAAUCCCACAAGAGAUUCAAUAAAUCCUACAGAAAGUCAAUAAAUCCUACAGAGAGCCAAUAAAUCCAACAAGAGAUUAAAGAAAUCCCACAAGAGAUCCAAUAAAUCCCACAAGAGAUUCAAUAAAAUCUAAAAGUUCUUCAAUAAAUCCUCCAGAGAUUCAAUAAUCCUACAGAGAGCUAAUAAAUCCUACCAGAACAUCAAUAAACCCUAAAUGAUCAAUAAAUCCUACAAGAGAUUCAAGAAAUCCUACAGAGAUCCAAUAAAUCCUAAAAGAUCAAUAAAUCCUACAAGAAAUUCAAAAUCCCAAAAGAGAUUCAAUAAAAUCCAGAAGUUUUUCAAUAAAUCCUACAAGAAAUUCAAUAAAUUCUAAAAGAUCAAUAAAUCCU